GUUAUAAAUGACAAGGUGACGACUCUGCGCGUCCUACAUCCACUGACAGCCGCCGUGUGGGAGACCAGCUCGCUCGGACCCUCCGUGAUCUGCAACAAAUCGGUUCCAGCCAUGUACGCCUGCGCCAAAUUUGUCACUUCCCCUGCCGUGCUGCGUGGAGGGUCCAGAGUGUUGGCCCGGCCCGUCUCCGUGUCCCUCUUAAACAGACCUGAAGCUUCCGCGGAACAGCAGGCCCUGUUGCCGCUCAGUCAGUCUGCAGUUCUGACCCGCUCCAUUCAGACCAGUGUCGUCUCCCGGGACAUUGACACUGCUGCCAAGUUCAUCGGGGCAGGUGCCGCCACGGUGGGAGUGGCGGGCUCAGGAGCCGGUAUCGGAACAGUGUUCGGCAGUCUCAUCAUCGGUUAUGCCAGGAAUCCCUCCCUGAAACAGCAGCUCUUCUCAUACGCCAUCUUGGGCUUUGCCCUCUCCGAGGCCAUGGGUCUGUUCUGCCUGAUGGUGGCGUUCCUGAUCCUGUUCGCCAUGUAAAUGUGGCAGCGUACCUCCCCUUCCUUCCAGAGGGCAAGGCUUCAGAACCGGAUGUCUGAGCGAACUGACCGGGCCAUUCCAAUUCAUGAAAAAUAGAAUCUCUUCUGAAAGGAAAGAAGACCUCCUCCCCGUCUAGUACACCCGAGGUCACCGAAAACCUCCUGUCCUGACUCUUAGUGUUCCUACACACGUUUUGUUUUGUUUUUUUGUUUUUUUCUUUCUCAGAAGUUAAAUGUGUGACCUCACUUCUGUUUAUCAAAUCUGUCCAGAAUAAAUGGUUGGGAUAACUA